UCUUCAGCUCAGACGCCGCAGCGCUCACACACAGAACGGGUCACAUCAUCCGCGCUCCGCUUCAAUAAUGUCCACAAACAGGAGAUAAUACACGCACAGGAACCCGUCCAGAAGUGCUUACACACAUUUUGAAACUCAGAAGAGAAGCCCUGACUUGAUGUGAGAAGAAUAUUUAAGGUCUUUAGUCUGCACUGAUCCAAGCAACCCUUCACCUUUAUCCCAGACAACAUGCGAACGGAGGAGGCGUCGAACACGGUGCUGCACCGACUGAUCCAGGAACAGCUGCGUUACGGAAACCCCACGGAUGCUCGCACCCUCCUGGCCAUCCAGCAGCAGGCCCUACGGAGUGUGGUGAAUGGAAGCCCUCGUUCGUCUCCCGACAGUCUCUCCCAGGAAGAACGUCAGGAACCGCAGGGCCAAGAGCACCACGUGGACUUCCAGCACUCUGAAAUCUAUCUUCCCUACCACCAAGAGCAGCUCCCGACGUACGAGCAGGCCAAGGCAAAUGCACAGCUCGUGGCCUCAUCUCAGUGGUGCCAGGACGGACAGAUCUACCCAGAUGAAAACCUGAAACCGAGCCACGACAGGUCACUCAGCGAGCGUCUCACGCAGCUCUCGCUUUUACGCAAGGACGUUAACAUGGAGUCGCUCUCUGCAAGCUCUUCGUCUAGCUACCCGCAGAUAGCAGGCUAUCAAGUUAGACAGCAUCACUUGGGAUUUCAGCCUCACACCUCUAUGUCUGAUCACACUCAUGAGUUUGAGACGUUCUACCAGAAACCUCCACCACCGUUUCAUUCCCAACACAUCAGACUCAUCCCUACUGUACCUUCACCUGAAGUACGGCAUGUAUUAUGCAGCGCGCCCCCUGCUGGCAGGGAGGUCUCCCAACAAAUGGAGCUGCUCAUGAAGGAGAACGAGAGACUAAAGCAGGAGCUGGAGGGCCAUGCAGAAAAGGCUCUCAGGAUUCAGAAGCUGGAACAGGAAAUCCAAAGGAUCUCUGAAGCCUACGAAACGCUGAUGCAGGGCUGCACGAAGAGAGAAACACUGGAGCAGGAGCUCAGAAACAAGCUGAUGGCUGAAAUUAAGAGGCUUCAGGAAGUCAACAUGGAGCUGAGAGACAGUCUGGAAAGCAGCAAUGUUCAAGCAGCGAAAGACGUGAAGGCUGCGGAACAAAACGAGCAGGCCAUCGCAAAACUCCGCCUGCAGAACGAGGAGCAGAAGUUGCAGUGUGCGCGACUGGAGCGCGAGAUGCAGAUCCUGCGUGAGGAGACGAGCUCUGCGCAGGAACGCAGCCGGCAGCUGCAAGCCGAACUGCACAGGAAAAAUGCGUAUGUGGAGCAAGUGGAGCGUCUGCAGGGGGCGCUGGCUCAGUUACAAGCCACCUGUGAGAAGAGGGAGGGGCUGGAGCUUCGACUGAGGACACGACUCGAGGUGGAGCUGCGCACGCUCAGGAACCAACAGAGGCAGACGCAAACGUCUCCAGCGAUCUCAUCCGCGUCCUCGGCGAACGUGAGCUCCCUGCUGGAGCGUCUAAGAGAACGAGAGGAGCGGAUUCUCACCCUGGAGGCCGACGUGACGCGCUGGGAGCAGAAAUAUCUGGAGGAGAAAACCAUGAUGGAGUUCGCCAUGGACACGGCGGCCACCGCGGCAGCGCAGAGAGACACCACCAUCAUCAACAACCGCUCACCUUGUCAUUCAUGUAAAACCAGCUACAGUGAGGAUCUGCCUGCUGCUCAGACACAGGACCAGGAUGUAGAGAACAGGAUCCGUGCUCUGUACGGGCAGAUCAUGGAGAAGGAUGCGGUGAUUAGUGUUCUUCAUUACCGGCUCCAGCAGGAACAUGAUAAAGAUGACUCGUGUGAGGAGGUGUCUUCGAGUAGCCCCGCCCACUCUGACUCAAGCUUUUUCUAUAAUAAAGGAAGGUGUGACACAGAUAAUCAGACAGGAAAGGCAGAGUCAAGGUUUACCCGUAUCUCAGAGCAGCCCUCCAGUAGCUUGGAAAGCAGCAGGCAGAAGACUGUGAAUCUGUUCAAAGGUCUGGACAACGUGGAAGCCGAGGCAGUGGAAAUCUUCAUCUGAACGCCGCCAGAGACUCCGAGGUGUCCAAAAGAUCCGAACCGAAGCGUUCCUGUCGCUCGUUGAACCGAGCUCUCUCUGAGCUCAAGCAGGUUUUUGAAGGGGAAAUAAAACUUUUGGGACGUUUGUGAACGUAAACCUUUUGAGGAACGACUGAAGAGCUGAUGCACACAGAGAGACCGGGAUUAAGAAAUCAACCGGAGAAUGUAAUGUGUCAUUUUUAAUGAAUCGCGAAUCUGGAUUCAGUUGCGUGGCACUUCUGCGUAAAUAUUUGCGAGCGGUUAUUGACUCGUUUCGUUCAUGCUUUACAUGUUGCCACAAAUCGUAAAGCCUCAGGCUUCAUGAAGGCCCCGCCCUUUAAAGGAUUAAGAAUUUGUAAUUUAUACAAAGUGUAUUGUGAAAUGUUAAACCUGCAAUGUAUUUAAGAAUGUUAUCUGGGAAUGUUUUUUACAUCUCUGGAGUUUUUUUUUUCUCUCUCUCUUUUUUUUCCUUUUUAAAUGAAGGUCACACGCUCUCAUCGCUGAUCUCACCACAUUAUUAUUCUGUUGAAUUUCUUCUGGAGGCUGAACCUGUUGUGGUUUUUAACAGCUCCACCUUCACUGUGCAUUCUUUUCAUUUUCUUUCUCUCAGCCUCCCUGAAGCUGGAAACAAAACACCACAGGCCUGGUGGUUUUAAGAUUUAGGAAUUUUAUUUUCCUCCCCUUUUUCAUUGUACAAUGCAUCUGCUGGUCAGUGUGUCGUACACACAGUCACGCCAAGCUGAGCUUACUUACGUAUAUUUUGUUUACCGUCCUGUAACAUAUGAUGUAAGAUUAAUAUAUUUGCUAUUUUAUAUUAAGGGAUCUGCUCAUUCCAACUCUCAUAAAGAUGUGAACGUUCGGGAACAUUUCACACACACAUGUAAAUAUAAAUAAAAGUCUUAAUAUAUUA